AUGCAAUCACCCGAGAUACCAAGGCUAUUCGGCUAUGCUAAAACCCAUAAACCAGGCACGCAAAUCCGGCCGAUUGUUGACAAAUCAAGAUCUCCAACCCUACCUAUUGAGAAGGGUCUACAUGAGCUCCUUAAAGGCCAUUUGAAAGAUUAUAACUACGCCGUUUCGAACACGCGGGAACUCAUCACUAAAUUGCAGAAUAUCGCUCUGAAGGAUCAGGAAUUUAUUACAGUUCUCGACUUUGAAGCUAUGUAUCCUUCCAUUAAAUUGGAACCGUGCUUCUGUGCCCUUAGAGAUUUCCUUUUCCAAGCCUCUCCACCUGGAUACCACAAGCAGGUGUUGGAGCUGGCCCACCUUAUGUGCUACACCUCAUUCUUCACCUUCAACCAACGAAUCUAUCUUCAAGAAAGGGGAGUACCUAUGGGUAGCCCCCUCUCUGGAGACCUCUGCGAAUUAAUUGUAAGAAAACUGGAUAACCAAGUAUUACAGUCCUUCAACGCGGAAAUCGUUCUCUAUACGCGCUAUGUUGAUGACAUUCUUAUCAUUUGGAAGUCCAACCUGGAUCUAAGCACCGUUCUUCAGAUUGUGAACAACAACAACCCUUUUGGACUUAAGCUUAAAUUAGACCAGCAGGAUGACAAGAUGGCCCACUUCCUGGACCUCAAUAUCUUCUUGGAUCAAGGCUGCAUAACUACAAGUGUGUUCCAUAAGCCUAAUCUUCAGUCUUUCUUCAUCCCUGCAACCUCGAAUGACCCCUUUUCUUACAAAUGGCCGCUUUCAGGGCUCUUAUCCGCAGAGCUUUUACCUAUUGCUCUAGCAUUAAUGACGUGCUACGAGAAAUCCAACGCAUCAAGCGCAUCGCCACAGCCCACAGUUUCAGCAGUAAGUUUAUCGAUAGGCUUGCGCUAA